CUCACUCUCCGACCUACUUCACAGGACUCUACGCUCAGCCCGACAGAGGAACAUGUUGCUUCACAAACUGCUUGUUUGGAUCCUGUCAGUCGUGUGUGGCACUGAUGUGUGCUCAGGAUUUGUCUACGACCGGCCCAGACGCUCAGGAGAGGACGGGACGUCAGCCAGGACAGAGUCUCGCUCUGCAGCUCAGUAUGUGCCAACAUCCGGCUCCUGCAAGAACAGGUGUUUUGAGCUGGUCGAGUUGGAACCACCAAACUGUCGCUGUGACAACCUGUGUAAGACCUACAACGGCUGCUGCUCAGACUUCGAUCAGCUCUGCCUCAGGACAGAGGGGGGUUAUGAGUGCAGUAAAGAUCGAUGUGGGGAGACUCGAAAUGAACAACAUGCCUGCCACUGCUCUGAUGACUGUCUGGCCAGAGGAGACUGUUGUACCAACUACAAGACACUGUGUAAAGGGGACACCUCAUGGCUGCAGGAUGAGUGUGAGGAAAUCAAGACAUCUGAAUGUCCUGCUGGGUUUGUGCGCCCACCCCUCAUCAUGCUGUCAGUGGAUGGAUUUAGAGCAUCUUAUGUGAAGAGAGGAAACAAGGUCAUACCCAACAUUGAGAAACUGAGAACAUGUGGAACCCAUGCUCCAUACAUGAGGCCUGUUUACCCCUCAAAAACCUUCCCCAACCUCUACUCACUGGCUACGGGUCUCUACCCAGAGUCUCAUGGUAUCGUCGGCAACUCCAUGCAUGACCCAGUAUUUGAUGCCACCUUCACCCUGAGAAGCCGAGAGAAACUCAAUCAUCGCUGGUGGGGUGGCCAGCCAAUCUGGAUCACAGCGCUCAAACAGGGAGUGAAGGCUGCCACCUUCUUCUGGCCUGUUGCUAUCCCAUUGGAGAGGCGGAUACUGACCAUGCUGCAGUGGCUCCACCUUCCUGAAGGAGAGAGGCCAUACGUUUACGCCAUGCACUCUGAGCAACCAGACACAUAUGGACACAAGAUGGGGCCCAUGAGUGCAGAAUUGAACAACCCUCUGAGGAUGAUCGACAGAAUCGUUGGCCAACUGAUGGAUGGACUCAAACAGAUGAAACUGCACCGUUGUGUCAACAUCAUCCUGGUGGGGGAUCAUGGAAUGGAAGAGGCCAGUUGUGAUCGCACCGAGUUUCUUAGUCACUACCUGAACAACGUUGAUGACAUCAUCCUCAUCCCUGGGUCUCUAGGCAGAAUACGCUCAAGACACCCCAACAACCCUAAAUAUGACCCCAAGGCUGUUGUUGCAAAUCUAACAUGCAAGAAGGCAGACCAGCACUUUAAGCCAUACAUGAAGCAGCACCUACCCAAGAGACUGCACUAUGCCAACAACCGACGCAUUGAAGAUAUUCAUCUGCUGGUGGACAGGAAGUGGCACAUUGCAAGGAAAGUUCCUGAAGGAAAGAGGCACUGUGGCUUUGCUGGUGACCAUGGAUAUGACAAUAAGAUCAACAGCAUGCAGACUAUUUUCUUGGGUUAUGGACCAACAUUUAAGUUCAAGACUAAAGUUCCCGCCUUUGAAAACAUCGAGCUUUAUAAUGUCAUGUGUGAUCUUCUGGGUCUGAAACCAGCUCCCAAUAAUGGGACCCAUGGCAGUCUGAACCACCUGUUAAGAAGUCCCUCCUUCAGACCCACGAUGCCAGAGGAAGUUUCCAGGCCAGUAGCCUCCGGUCUUGUUCCUGCAGGAACAGACGACCUGGGCUGCAACUGCGACGACAAGUUGCGUGUAAAAAGUAGGGGCCAGAGAGGUUUGAAAGUGACCCUUGUACGAGGCUAUAACCUGGAGUCACUCUGGCUCUGUCUCUUACAGAACAAAGUGGAGGAGCUAAACCAGCGACUGAGGCAAGCUAUGGAUGACAGCAGGAACUUGCCGCAUGGUCGACCUGCUGUACUCUUCCGUACCAAAUACUUCAUCCUCCACCACAGUGACUACAUCAGCGGCUACAGUGAGGCUCUCUCUAUGCCUCUGUGGACCUCAUACACAGUCAGCAGACAGGUAGAAGUGCUCCCUCUGCCUGAAGCUCUCUCCAACUGUGUGAGACCUGAUAGCAGAGUCCCUCCAGCCUACAGUCAGUCUUGUACCAACUACAGAGCAGACAAACAGAUCACCUACGCCUUCCUGUACCCACCACAAUUGUCCUCAACCAUAGACAAAAAAUAUGAUGCUGUCCUCAUCACCAACACCGUCCCCAUGUAUCCUGCAUUCAAGAGAAUAUGGGGUUACUUCCAGAGAGCACUGGUGAAGAAAUAUGCCACUGAGAGAAACGGAGUCAAUGUGCUCAUUGGACCCAUAUUUGACUACGACUAUGAUGGUGUCAGAGACUCAGCUGACAAGAUAAGAGAGUAUGUAAGUGGAACGAUACCAGUCCCCACACACUACUUUGUGGUCCUGACCAGCUGCUUAGACUUCACACAGGCUGCAGACUCGUGUAGCGGCCCACUCAGCAGUGCUGCCUUCAUCCUGCCACACAGAUCCAGCAAUGACGAGACCUGUAAUAGCUCAGAGGAGGAGUCCCGCUGGGUGGAGGACCUGAUGAAGAUGCACACAGCUCGAGUCCGAGAUGUGGAGAUCCUGACGGGCUUGGACCUGUACCGCAGAACGACCCGGAGCUACCCUGAAAUCCUCUCGCUCAAGACCUACAUGCACACCUACGAGAGCGAGAUCUGACACCUGCCGGCUCUGUUAAUGUUAAUGACCUUUUCCAACCGUGGUGGAUGUAUGUGGUACAAGGAAGAGAUGCGACCAUCUCUGUCACACUGAGCUACACCAGCUUUAGCUGUCGCUGGGUGCUAUGGCUGCAGCUGCUCUGCAGCAUCCAUGUUGUGGCCCUUUCACCGAGUAUAUGGUUUCAUCUCAUUUUAUCAGUCUGUCAUAAUAUAGCUUUAACACCACUGAGCUAUUAGCUGUGGUACUGUCCACUUAAUUCUGUUACACAAAAAAAACCUCCACAUUGCAAACAUGACCUACAUGCAGUGUAAUUCUGGAAUUUUAAAACACUUAACUAUGCAGUUUUCAUUAUUAAAUCUAUACCAGUAAUUUUUUGUCAUGAUGUGUAAAUAUCAGAGAUGUGGAAUAUUAUGUGACACCGCCAUGUUUUUAAAAAAAUUUGUGAUUGAUCACAGCUUUAUUUAUAAAAAUGCAGCAUGGUAGCAAAAUAUAAACUAUUAGGUCUUAAAAUUAGAUUUGUAGGGCCUCAGUACAAGACAGGGCCACAUGAUCAGAUAAUAACUGCAGUACAGUAGACAGUAGCCGUCUAUGAGAUGCAGUGAACUGGAGGUAUGCCACAUCUGUCACAUUCACAAAUACUCUAUGUUUUAGCUAUGUUACUCAUGGGCCUUUCAAAAAGUCAUUAACACAUGCUGCAGAUGAUUCCCUGAUAAAUAUCCAGGAGCAGUUUUUGAGGGGUUUUUGUACAGUAUAUAAACAUUCAAAUUAUUUUCUUGCAAACGAUAUUCCAUAUGUGUAAAUAAUGUUACAUUUUAAAGUGGUAAAAAUAUUCAAUUGCACUACAAAGCCAGCAACAGAAUCAGUCUUAGAACAAACCAUCACCUCAGUAGAACGGCAGGAUUUAUAAACUCGUGCACAUUUUCAGUUUUCUUUAGACAGUGAUCCACUCUGUUUGAUGUGAAGUUGACUCAUACUAUGUCUCUAUUGAACCGUUUCUCAUGAUGUUCAGUGAUUAAGAAGAAAUUGCCUUUAUUUUUUAAUGAAAUGAUAAUGCAAUGUCGUGUAUGUGUGUGUGUGUGUGUGUGUGUGUGUGUGUGUGUGUACAGUGUGUAUAUGUUGAACUCGAGAUAUUUUCUGUUUGUGUUUGCCUGUUGAUUGUGUGUGCAUGUGUGUUGUUGACUUUUUGUUCUGUGCACAAAAACAAUAAUGUCAAUGCUGAUGAUUUAUAAAUGUUUCCUAAAACAGUUACCACCUGUGAGACCUAUUUAUGCUUUAUGAAAAUGUCAUCACAAUAAACAAAUGUUUUUGCUAAA